ACAAAAUCGGCAAUGUACGAACGGAGUGCAAAGUCGCCUGGUGACAGAAUUGAACUAUAAAAGCAGCACCAAUAUAACUUGUUUACAUUCAAUCAUUCGGUGCAAGGCGAUAUCGAUACCACAUCUAGAUUUUUGUUUACAUCAACAUGACGAUCACAGCUCUCUUAGUAUUGCUCGGAGCGGUUGCUACGGUGAUCUCGUGGCCAGAUCAAGUGUUAUUCCAUACAGAUUUCACCGAUUCGGAAAUUGGGAAACUCUCAGGCCAUAGCAUGUGGCUCGUAUCUGACUACACGUACGGCAGAAGCGUUGCGCAAUUCAGUGGCGACGGUGCAUAUAUCAACAGCAGAGCAGUAAAGUUCCAGCAGACAGACUUCACCAUCACCAUUGGGUUCAGGUCGACGGACAAUGGUAGAAGGCAGAUGCUCUUCGCUGAUUGGUCAAGCCCGUACCAGUUUAUGAUUUGUAUCACCGCCACUGGGGAGAUCGAAGUUAACUUGAGAGGCCAGACCGGCCAAGAGCUGUUGGCUGCAAAAGGUGGCUCCGUGCUGCGUGGCGUCUGGCAGACGGUGGAGGUGUCUUACGCGCACAGGCCUGGUAUAUGUACCGUGUACCUCAACGGCGUCAAUGUUGGCAGCGCUACUGCCAACAGCAGAAACCACGACCUGAAUGACAACAACCAUGAAUACUACCAGGUUGGCUACAAGGAAGACACCAGCAGUGACUUCUUCAAGGGAGAGAUCGGGGUCUUGCUGAUUACCGACACAGCUAUCGGUGGUACUGCGGACCUCUAUCGGUCUACAUUUUCUGGCCCUGAAGAAGAAAAUUUCGACGGCUUAAAUGGCGCCACCUUCGUCCACGACGCCGACCUCAACAGAAACGUGCUAGCGCUCGACGGCAGCAGUGGGUAUGCCCUCGUCCCAGCAGUAAAGUUUCAGAGGACAGAUUUCACCAUCGUAAUGGUCUUCAAGUCGACAGCUAAUGGCAAAAGGCAAACACUCUUCGCUGAUUGGUCAAAGCCAUGGCAAUUCUUUAUCGCAGUCUUAUCCAAUGGGGCGGUGGUAGUCACCUUGAGGCGAAACAUUAAUAGCGGCGGAAGUCAGCCGGACCAGGAUUUAGUGUCUUUCUCCGGAGGCGCUGUGGUACGUGACGCCUGGCAAUCUAUCCUCGUGACCUACGCCCACGAAGCUGGGAAAUGUACCUUAUUCCUGAAUGGGGCCAAGGUGAGCGGCAUUACAACUCGCUACGCAAACCAUGACAUUCAGAGUAAUGACCAUGCUACUUACGAAGUCGGCUAUAAGAAAGACACUAACAGCGACUUCUUCAAGGGCAGAAUUGGUUACCUGCGCAUUAUGAACAUGGCACAUGCCUAAUCAUUUUGCAAACAUUCAGUCUAAUCUUGACAAACAACGCACAUGUAUCAACGUAUAUUAUUCAAAGAAGAUGUGUUAGAUUUCCCAAACUUUUCCUGUAUAUAUGAGCUUCCAGAAUUAAUAAACACAGAUUGCAUCA